GCUCUUCUUCUGGCGUCAGGAGGAGAGCUGGGCUGGAGAGAAGGCGCAGAGGAGGAGGAGGAGGAGGAGGAGGAGGAGGGCAAGGGGCUCUGCUCGCUUGGCCAGCCAUGGAGGGGCCCUGCUGGAAGGCCCUGGGCUGGGCUCUGGCCCUCCUGCUCUCCCUGGGGGGAGGCUGCCUCAGCCAGGACUCAGCCCCGCACCAGCCCCGCUCUGGACGCCCAGGAGCCAGGAGCAGAAAUUGGUGUGCCUAUAUUGUGAACAAGAAUGUGAGCUGCUCUGUAAUGGAUGGCACUGAGAGUUACGUUCAAGUACAGUACAGUUGUGCCUGGAAUCAGAUGCCCUGCCCACACACCCCAGUAUAUCGUACAAGUUUCAGACCUAAAUAUACAAUAAAGUACAAGACAGUGACUGAAUUAGAAUGGAGAUGUUGCCCUGGAUACAUGGGUGUAGAUUGCAAAGAAGCUGUACCACAAAAGUCAAAACCAGUUAUUUACCCAGCAGACUUAUCACCACAUGAUAUCAAGACCAGUUUGGACUCUAAUCCAAAACUAGAACAACAGGAUGCACAGGAUAAAAAAAUUCAGUACCUUGAGGAUGAAUUGUUUCGCCUUACACAGACGGUCCUAGAACUUCAGUCCUCCUUAACAGGUGUGAAUGAAGACCUGAAGCUUACAGUGCAAGAAGAUGCAAGUCGGAUGCUUGUCUCGUGGUUGAACAACCUUCGUGACCAUCCAGGGCCUGACAGUAUGGGUGAGGGUGAAACAGAGAAUAAUGAUCUGUCUAGAAAUAAAGACCAAAGGGAAUUUGGAAAAGGAAAUGAGAAAUAUGAAUUAUCUGAAGAAAAAGAUGACUUGAAGGCCAAAAAUGAAAAGCUGGAAGAGCUGAAUGGGAAGGUAAAUGUUUAUGAAGGGCAACUGAAGCAGCACCAAGAAGCUGCCCAAGGCCCAACUAUAACCAUGCCUAGCAGCCAGUUGUAUCAAGCAUAUAUAGAUGCUAAGUUUGAAGCCCUGAGACAAGAAAUGUUAGAAGGAUUUGAAAAGAAAAUGGCAGAUCUAAAAAAUUCUUGUGAGUAUAAACUGAUGGAUCUUCAGCAACACUGUGAUGAUCAUGAAGCCAGCUGCUCAGAACUAAGACAACUUAUUGGAGAAAAAGAAAAGGAUCUGAGAAAAGAAAUAAAACAUUUCCAGAGUCUUAUUCAAGCUCCAUCAAACCAGUCACUGUGUUGCAAGGAUGCUAAAAGAGAUGAAAUUAUACAACAGAUAAAACAUUUGGAUGAAAAGAUUGACAGAAUUGCAGAAGCAAACAACAUUUUAAAUGCUAGGAUAGAUAAUGAAAUCAAGCAUAUUUCCAGUCCAUAUUCAGAAGGCAGCUUUGAUGCAAAAUGGGAGGAAGUAGAAGCAAGGCUUAAUAUUACAGAAAGAAAUGCUGAAGAACACUGUUUUUAUAUUGAGGAAACUCUUCGUGGUGUUAUAGCAACUGAAGUAGAUGAAGUCAGAGACUUAUUUGACAAAAAACUUGAAGCACUGGAAAAUAGAUUCAGUGCUACUGUUCUAGAUAUUGCUAAUGUCACAGAUCCAUAUGAAAUACAUACUGAUCCAGGGCCAUACUUACACAGCAGUUCAGGAUCUAGAAAUGAGCAGCUUACAUUAGAGGUUAGUAUUAUAAAGAACAAACUACAAGAUGUUGAAAAACUAUGCUGGCAGAAAUGCCAGUCUGUACCACAAAAUAUGGAAGGCGUCCAUGAAGACAUCAAAAACUGCAACAGUAAAUAUGAUUCACUGUUUUUGAAAACAGAAAAUAAUCUGGGUCUUUUAAAAUCUUUAAAUAGCUCUUUAAAUGAAAAGUUUAAUUUGAUUAAAGGUAGCCAACGUGACAUUCAGAAACUUCAGAAGGACUUACGAAUAGUCCGUUAUGGUCUGAAUGCCAUUGAUAAAGAUGUAAAAAACUUUCAAGGUGGUUUGAACAGCUGCAGAGAGCAGCUUCUAGGUAUUAAUUCUACCUGUGAAAAGACACAGCUUGGUGUAUUCAGAAAGAUAGAUGAAAUACAGAAAACAGUAGGCAAUCAAACGACUUAUCCAAGUGAUAAUUGUUGCAAUGAUUUGAAGGAGAAGAUGGAACAGUUAAAUGAGAGAGGAUUUUAUAACUUGAACAAAUGUAAGGAUAAAUUCCCAGGCAUCUCAAACUUGGAGGGAAGAGUGUUGCACGUUGAGAAAACCUGCAAGAAAUUAGAUGCAGUAUCUAGCAGCCUUCAAAGGAUAAAGGAAGGAUUAAAUAAACAUAUCUCCAGUCUUUGGAACUGUGUCAAUCAGAUGAACAAAACCAUAGGAGUCCAUUCUAAGGAUAUUUUCCUUCUCAAGAAUUCUACCCAACAGUUCCAUGGCCAGAUCCACAAAUUUGCUGUUCACCUUCAGGACUUCAUGAAAACUCAUACUUCUACAUCUGAAAAGCCAUCAGUAUUAGCACCGAGGAAACCAACAAUAAAAAUUCCCCUGCCACCAUCAGAUCCAAGAAAACCAUUACGGCCAUCUCAGCCAGAGAUACCCCCAGUAUCCUCACAACCAAUGACUCCACUACAGCCACAUCCAGGAGAGCCUAUGCAACCAUCACACCCAAGAACUCCACUUCAGAUUCCAGAAAUAAGAAUACCUUUGCAGCCACCUUUACACGGAGUGCCUGUUCAGCCACCAGAUUCCAGAUGGCAACCGUUACCAGGAUCAAAAUCAGACUUACCUUCCUUACCUGGGAAAAGUGGGAUAUUUAUGGUGACUGGAGAGGCAGGUCCUCCUGGCACUAUUGUAAUGUCAGGAAGAGGGCGGCCCAAAACCAUAAAUGGCAAAGAUGGCCACAGAAGCAUGCCUGUUUCUGAAGGGUAUGCUGGAGCACCAGGUUAUCCAAAAGUAAAGCCAAAACCACAAUCUCCAACUACAGCAGCAAAAGGAGCAGCUGUCACUUCACCAGUUUCAUUCUCAGCUGGUCUCACUCAGAAGCCUUUUCCUAAUGAUGUUGGUGUGGUACAUUUUAACAAAGUGCUUGUAAAUGAUGGAAACUAUUAUAACCCUGACACAGGUAUCUUCACAUCACCUUAUGAAGGCCGUUAUCUGAUCACAGCUGUUCUAGCUUCUGAGAGGGAUGAAUAUGUAGAAGCUGUACUGUCUGUAUCCAAUUCAAGUAUUGCUCAGCUCCAUACAGCUGGCUAUAGAAGAGAGCUGCUUGAAUAUCACAAACAGAGAUCAGGAAAACGGACUUGUGGUGGAACUGGUGCUUUCCAUCUUGUUGUUCACCUCAAAGCUGGAGCAGAAGUAAGCAUUGUAGUUACUGGGGGCAAGCUGGCCUACACAGACUCAGAUGAAAUGUAUUCCACAUUCAGUGGGGUUUUUCUAUACCCUUCUGUUUCUCAUGUGUAGGGUGUGCUGCAAGAGAAGAUGAGUAAAAUGAUCCUGAAGAAAGUAACUGUAAUAAAUGGUGAAGUGUU